UGGGAUGAGACCGGGUUGAAACCGCGAGUCAGACUGAUUCAGAAAACAAACUCAGAUUCUGGAGGGUUUCGUGUGAGUUGUUUGGCAAAAGGAUUUUACCCUCGUCACAUCAACCUGACCCUGUUCAGAGAUGGACAGCCUGUACCUGAUCAUGAGAUCACUGGAGGAGAUCUGCUGCCCAAUGGUGACGGGACGUACCAGAUGAGGAAGAGUCUGGAGAUCAGUGCAGACAAACACAGAUACAGCUGCUCUGCCACACACCUCAGUCUGGACAACAAACUGGACAUUGAGUUGGAGUAUCCAGGGGGAACAAUACAGCAGGUGAUUUCCUCAGUGCUUGUGGUUUUAGUAUUGGCGUUUGUGUUUUUGACUGUGGUUGCCAUUAUUAUAUGGAGGAGAAGACGCCAUUCAGCUUCCUAUACAUGUGACUACUCCUCUGCUUCUUCAACUGAAGACAACAUGGAUAAAACAUGAAAACAUGGCAAUAAAAGAAAGUAGAUUAUAAUGCAGUUUAUCAAUGAAAUUAAAUGGCGUAGAUCCCAUAAUAGCAUCACAUGUAUUUCAUUGUCAUUAUACAGUGUAUUUCAGUUUGUUUUUAUGUACUUCCUGUUGUAUAAAGUAAACUGAUCUGUGCUUUUUUCAUUACAUGGAUUGUAAUUAACAAGCUCAAAUGAGUCGGAUUUAGUGAUGGUAAAAUGUAUAAUUGCAUUACUAGUGAGAAAAGAAUGUCUUGAUGUGCAAUUUGCCAUGAUUGUUUGCAUCACACAUAAAUAUCGACAUUUUAAACAGAGAAACAGCCAUUUUCUUCAAGAAACACAGUAACAAGUCACUGCAUGCUAUGUUCAUACUAAAUAUAUAAGGUAUAUAAGUAAAUAUAUGUUUUUCAGGAGUCUACUGAAUUACACAUCAUGUAGUUUCUCAAAUAUUCUCACGUUCAGAGUCAUAAUGAUUAACUGAAGCGACAGCAUCUUGUUUUGACCUGUGUGUUAAAAGUUUAUUCAAUCUUACAUAACUCAAAUGUUCACUGAUAUAAUUUUACAGGAAAUAAA